AUGUCUGUCAACGUCCCCACCGAUCCGAAACAGAAGGAGAAGGAUAUCAACGCGAAGCUCCAAUUGUUUGGUAUCUACCAUGCCUUCAAGAACAGCAAGCUCCCAUCCAACAAGCAAUGCGACAUCGCCUUGAACAGUGCCUUGAACUCCAAGGCCCUUUCGUCUCCCCCGAAGGAGCUCUCUGCCGACGGAAAGACCCUCGUGGCCGACCUGCGCAAUGUUAUUGAACAGGCCAAGAAGAUGCUAUUGGUGAAGAACGAGGGUGAAUUGAUCCAGGAUUUCAUCUGGCAAGCGCAGAAGAUCACCACUGGCGAUUCUCAGAAGCCCAAUCUCCCCAUAGACAAGGAAUCCGGCCAGCAGGAUGCGAACAGGGCUGCCGAGGGUCUGAAGACCCUGGGUACACUCAUGAUCACCAACGGAGAGUUCCGGAAGCUUUUGAGUGAUGCCGUAAUCUUGCUCAAGGAUAUUGGCGCCGAUGCUUCGCAAAAGGCCGCGAACAAGGUCCGUCCUUCGGAGGAGGAGCUUUCCCAGAUCGAUCAGGCCGCCGAGGAGAACGUGUGGCACGAGAAGCCCAACAUUUCCAAGGAGGAUAUAAAGUCCAAACUCAAGAAGAACAAGGGCGAUAAGGAAAACGUUGCCUCUGAUUCCGUUGCUGAGAAUGAUCCCGCUGUGCCAGCCAAGGACAAGACCAAGGAGGUCGCUGAUAAGACCAAGAGCUACCUUUCCGACAAGAUUCCCAAGGAGCGCCGCGACCAGACCAUCUGGCGUUUGAAGAAGAUGAUCAUCGAGAUCCAGGGUCACGCUGAUUACCAGCGGGCCGUUGAGACUCUGCUGGACAUGGCCGAGAAAUACGCUGGUCACACCAAGGACGUUUCCCAGCAGGGCGGCAGUGCUACCCGUAACGUCCUUAAGAAUGACAGCGUCCAGUCUGUUCAGUACAACUUGCGCACCCUUGUCGAGCGCUUUGCCAACAACACUUCCCUCGAUAACUUCUUCAACUCGUUGAAUACCGUUUACCACGAUGCCGAGAAGGACCCCGAACUCAGGAACUGGUUUAAGAACAUUGACAACCUUAUUCGGAAAUCUCUGCGUGAGCAGGGCUUCAUCAUGGAGGAUGAGAGCAACCGCCAGUGGAACGACCUUUACGACAAGGGCCGCUACUUGCUGCGUGAGCGCUACCGCGGCCACACCGAUACCAUUGUCGAUGAGACCAAGUUCUUGGCCGACCAGUUCGAGAAGGACCCUCAGAACCAGGCCCUCGCCGAGUCCUUCCAGAAGCUGUUCAAGGAUCUUGGACGUGACACAGACGGAAAAGUCACCUUCAAGAAGGAUCUUGUUCGUGACCUCCGCGAUAUCAUUGUUCCUGGUAUCUUCGAGAACGUCCGCUACGUUCCCGUUCCCCGCAUUGAGGUCUCUGACCCCAUGGUCGAUGUCGUGGUCGAGAACCUGUGCAUUGAGAGUGACAACCUGUUGCCCAAUGUUGUCGAGUUUGGAAGCGACAACUACUUCCGCUGGGGCCGCAAGAAGAUCAGCAACAAGCGCGACAACAAGAUCAUGAUCUCCAUGUCUGGUAUCCAGGCUGACUUGCGUGAUGUGAGUUACUACAUCAAGAAGAAGCAGGGCUUCCCCUCCAUCACCGACCGCGGAAUUAUGGACAUCUUCCUUGGUGGUGAAGGCCUCAGCGUCAAAAUCGCCGCCUCUACCGCCCAGAAGAACGACAAGGAGUCCUUUGUCAAGCUGGACAAGGUCAACGUGUCUAUCAAACACAUGAACAUCAAGCUGAAGAAGUCCAGCCACAAGAUCCUUUUCAACACCUUCAAGCCCAUGCUGUUCCGUGUCGUUCGCCCUGCCCUGCAAAAGGUCGUCGAAGGCCAGAUCCGCGAGGCAUUUAAGAAGGGAGAUGGCUUCGCUAAGGAGAUCCAUACCGAAGCCAAGCGUGCCCAGGAAGCUGCCCGCGAGGACCCCGAGAACGCCCCUACAAUCUUCGCCCGCUACAGCGAUGCUAUUCGUGCCCGUGCCCAGGCCAAGGCCAAGCAGGCUGAGGAUAUCGCCAAGCGUGACACCAAGGUCCAGACCGUUAUGACCCUCCACGAUUCCAUCUUCCCUAAGAUCGAGCUUCCCGGAGGCAUCUCCAGCAAGGCCACCGAGUACGCCGAGCUGGCCGCCAAGGGUGAGCGCUGGGAGUCGCCCAUCUUCAGCAUCGGCAAUGCCUCCGAGUCGACCGGCAUCCCCUCCGCCGGCCCCAUCACCAAAAAGCCCCACGGCGCCAGCACCACCGGCGCGGGAGCUGCUGGCGUUGCCGCCGCCGCAGGAACCUCUGGCGCCACCACCGCCGCUGCCACUAAUGGUACCAACACCGAAAAGGUCGACAGAUACCCAUCCCGGGGCUUCUCCGACGAAGUCGACCAAGCCUUCGUCAACGGCAAGACCCAGAAAAUCCCUGACGGUGUCAAGCACGCCACCAAUGGUACUACUGCUGCCAACGGCGUCACUGCCACUAACGGAACUACCGCCACUGCCCACUAA